GAGAGGAGGGGAUGAGGGGAGGAGGGGGGAGGAUGCGGCGCUGCGUAGGGAGAUGGAGCGGCUCUCUGCUGAUGCUCCGAUGCGCGCACACGUCGCUUCCUCUUCGGACUCGUCUGAAGGCUGAGCUCCAGAAGCAGGUGACAGGAUGGGGAACGGCUCCAUGAAAUCGAAGCGGUACAAACCCUCGGACGGCUCCGCCCCGGCGCCCGGCUGCCGAGGCCCCAAGAACCCGUCCCUAGACUCGCUGAGGGCCCGGGUGGACGAGCUGGAGCGGGAGGGCAAGCGGAGGGACGAGGAGCUCCGCGCAAAGGAGAAGCGCAUACAAGACCUCCAGGAGCAGCUGGCCAAACAGACGGACUCUCUGGCCGAGCUGAGCGAGGAGCUGCAGGAGAAGAACGUCCAGCUGAACAAGCUGCAGGACGUGAUGAAGAGCCAGAGCGGGGCGGCGGCGUCCUCCAGGCCGCCGUCCAUCAGGGCCAGCUGCAGGACCAGCCCCAAACUCAGCGUUCGCAUCAAGGGGAGCCUCAACAGGAGGAAAGGGGCCAAAUCGGGGGUGUCUGCCGAACCCACGUCCAGGACCUACGACUCCAGCGGCCUGCCCAAGUUCUCCUUCGAGAAGGCCCGCGUGCCGAAGGACGCCAGCAUCAAGAAGCUGCUGGCAGAGGCCCUGAACAAGAACCAGUACCUGAAGAGGCUGGAGCUGCAGCAGAUCAAAGACAUGGUGGAGUGCAUGUACGAGCGCACCUACCAGCAGGGCGAGUACGUCAUCACGCAGGGAGAGCCCGGGAACCACCUGUUCGUCCUGGCAGAUGGCAAGCUGGACGUGUUUCAACACAACAAACUGCUGGCGUCCAUAACGGUGUGGACCACCUUUGGAGAAUUAGCCAUUCUCUACAACUGCACGCGGACGGCGUCGGUCCGAGCGGUGAACAAAGUGAGGACGUGGGCGCUGGACCGCGAGGUGUUUCAGAACAUCAUGAGGAGGACGGCCGAGACGCGACACGAGCAGUACCGCAACUUCCUCCGAAGUGUCUCACUCUUGGCGUAUCUACCCGAGGACAAGCUCAGCAAAAUAGUGGACUGCCUCGAGGUGGAAUACUAUGACAAGGGAGAGCACGUCAUCCGGGAGGGGGAGGAGGGCAGCACCUUCUACAUCAUCGCACAGGGGAAGGUGAAGGUGACCCAGACCACCGAGGACCACAAGCUGCCGCAGACCAUCAACACGCUGCAGAAGGGAGACUACUUUGGAGAGAAGGCCCUGAUCAGCGACGAUGUGCGGUCGGCUAACAUCAUUGCCGACGAGAACGGGGUGGAGUGCCUGGUCAUCGACAGAGAGACCUUUAACCAGACGGUGGGGACCUUCAAUGAGCUGCAGAAGUACCUGGAGGGCUACGUGGCCACGCUGGACCGCGACGACAAGAAGAGACACGCCAGGAGGUCGGUGUCCCGCCACCAGAGCCAGCCGCUGUCGGCGGACGUCAUCCAGCUGAAGGACAGGGUGUCGGCGUUCCCUCCGUCCAGGCCCUUCGAGCACCUGGAGGUCAUCGCCACCCUCGGGGUCGGCGGCUUCGGGCGAGUAGAACUGGUGAAGGUGCAGGGCGAGGACGUCACCUUUGCGCUAAAGGUCAUCAAGAAAAAGCACAUUGUGGACAACAGGCAGGAGGAGCACAUCCACUCGGAGAGGAAGAUCCUCGCCGAGGCUCGCUCGCCAUUCGUUGUCAAACUGUAUCGCACAUUUAAGGACAACAAGUAUGUGUACAUGCUGCUGGAGGCCUGCCUGGGGGGGGAGAUCUGGAGUCUGCUCAGAGACAGGGGGAGUUUUGACGAGCCCACCGCCAAAUUCUGCAUCGGCUGCGUCACCGAGGCGUUCGAUUACCUGCAUCGCAAAGGCGUCCUCUACAGAGACCUGAAGCCGGAGAAUCUCAUGCUGGACGCCGAGGGGUACAUCAAGCUGGUUGACUUUGGUUUUGCCAAGAAGAUCCGAUGCGGCCAAAAGACGUGGACCUUCUGCGGGACACCGGAGUACGUGGCCCCUGAGAUCAUCCUCAACAAAGGCCACAACUUCAGUGUGGACUUCUGGUCUCUGGGCAUCCUGGUGUUCGAGCUCCUCACCGGCAGUCCUCCGUUCACAGGAAGUGACCAGAUGAUGACGUACACCUUCAUCUUGAAAGGUAUCGAGAAAAUGGACUUUCCCAAGAAGGUCACAAAGAGACCCGAGGACCUCAUACGGAAGCUGUGCAGGCGGAAUCCAUCGGAGCGACUGGGAAACCUCAAAAACGGAAUAACGGAUAUCAAGAAGCACCGGUGGUUUAACGGCUUCAACUGGGAGGGACUGAAGGCCAUGACUAUACCAUCUCCUCUGAAAAGAGAACUCACGGGGCCGACAGAUCACAGCUAUUUCGACAGCUACCCUCCAGACGAGGACAGUCCUCCGGAUGAGCUGUCCGGUUGGGACAUGGACUUCUGAGACCUCCCGCUCCAUCUUUCCUUGUUGUCCGUCCUUUGCCCACCUCACCAGCCAGAUUAAUGGGCAAAGUGGGUGUUCAGGGGAUCUUACAUGGUGGAGGUCGUCAGGAAACAGUGGCUGCACUAAGCUGGUUUCUUUGUGAGCUCAUGAUUGGCCGUCUUCACACAAAAAACACAAGACUCAAGUUAAACAGCUCGUUACCAUCACUAUCCUUUCAGCUAAUCUAUCUGACAGGCACUGCAGCAAACCAGGUACAAUGUAGUGCUAACAGUGGUACAACAAUAGCAGCGAGUUAGCAUUGAAGCUAAAAUCCCUAAAACUGAAAAGCAGCAGGAAGUUCUCCACAGUCUGCUGCUGAGGAACGUUGCCCCUUUGGGUUGCAAUCAGAUGGAAACCUCCGGAUCUGCCGCGUGAAGCCGAUGCAACUUGCGUUUUCCCGUCUGACCAGCAGGGGUCAGUCAGGUUGCAAAAAGACGUCUGAUUGUAUAGAAGUCUAUGAGAAAAUGUUACUACUCCUCACUUGAUUUAUGACCUCAGUAAACAUUGUAAACAUGAGUUUUCUUUCUCAGACUCUGGUUUUGUGCAUUUAGUAAAUUAUGGUCUAUUUCUACUCAACUAUACCGUAAAGCAGAGAAUGCUUUAGGGCGGGGCCUACUGUGAUUGACGGAUCACUGCGGCUACCAGAGACCUAUCCGUCACUUCGUCACUCGUCCCCCAAACUUCCAAAUAACCCAACAUAUGACUCUCUCUGCUGCUUUGCUUCAGUCUCAAGAUACUAUAUAUAUAUUAAUAUAAAAUAUGACGAAAGAGUUGAGUUACGAGGUGAGCUAACCCCUAACCCUAACCCACACCACCAGUCAAAGUAUUUUAACAACCUAAAAUGUAAAAUUUAAAUGUUUGUUUCAGUCCGCAAUUGUGAUUCCCCAAUAUAACUUUUGCAUCGCAAACAAUUGAGUUAAUGUGCUUGAGUCUUCAGUUAUUUAUUUGCUGAAGCUCUGUGUUUAGCAUAAGCUAGCGCUUAAGCCAAGAGGUCUUGAACAAAAAGACUGCGGUGAAAACAAGUCAAAAGGGCAACGUAGACCUAUUCAAUCAGAGACAAACACUGCGCCAAAACCACCGAGGGAAGCAACUCCACAAACUCAACAUUCCCCGCUCUGUGGUCUGUGGCUCCAAAGUUGGUGGUCAUUGAUCACGGCGUUAGCUUCGCUAAGCUAGCCUGCAGACCUCCUCUCAUAACGGUCACAGUGUGAGGGUUCUCACAUUCCUCAAUCGAUCUACGCCCGGAUGAUAAUCUCUUACAGACACCUCUGGAAUAUUAUAUUCAGGGCCCUCACGAUGCCUCCAGAUGUGGUUGGUGGGGGAUAAUUGGGAUGCAGCUGCAACGUCUCUAUUUCCUUACAGCCAGGGGAAUUUGGAAUUACAUGUCCAGCUUGUUUACGUCUGUUGAGAAAAGGAGGUGUGUGUCUGUGUGUGUGUGUGUGUGUGUGUGUGAGAUGACACUUCAAAUAAGGAAAGCAAUUGGAGAACAAACAGAUUCCAAGGAGGCUCUGUGACUUUUCCACUUUCUCACUGGUAUCCCACACGCAAAACGCUUUGGGCUGAGGAGCAUCAAGGGUUCCUUUGCUAACGGUGUCGUCAUCGCGAAGAAAACUACCCGAGAAGAACAUGGAGACCUUCCCCACGUUGUGUAAGGUACAUGGUGCCUGAAGGAAUUGUUUCUUUGUAGACCUCACGUGUGUCCGUCCAGGGAGACGCGUGAGACGCUGUGGCCUCGAGAUAAUGACUCUGCACGCAGGACACAGCUGUGUUUGUUAAUAUGUCCAAAUUGCCUCUUCUCUUAUUAAAUCACAUCGUUUUCUGAGAAUUACUUAAAACAACCUG